CGGAGUCCAAGACGAUUGGAAGAACGAGGCAGCCAUUGACAGUAAAUAAACGUCACCGCGUUUCAUGGAAGGCCAAAUCGGACCUCCAAAUUGAAACCCCACGCAUUGCUUCCACAUUACGCACACUCAUCCCUCAAACCUCCUUGCAGCAACCACCGCACUCGACCAUAGUGGUGCACCUGUAAGACUUGCGAGCGAAAAGCUCGGUUUGCUCUGACGCCGACUCGUUCUUCGUGACCGCUAUAUCGUUCCGUGAGCGACGUCGAGUGCCAAAUAAAGACGUUCAUAGCUAGAAGACAGGUCCGGUCUCUGAAACCUGCCUACGAUUGAAAAAAGGAAUGUUCUCGAACAACCCUAAAGGAGUACGAGCGCAACCCAAAACUUUAAGACCACCGUCGACCUUAUCGAACCUUACUUCAUACAUCGGCGGUCUUUCCUCUUACGUCGUUCAGAACCUGCCUGAGAAGUUGAAUUGGAACCCGCAAAGCGAGCCGUGCGCUGACGACGUAAACCCAUCCGAUUUUGAACAAGAGACUGUGCUCACUGCGGCGUUCUGUUGGGUUGAUUGGGAGAUCCCUGGAGUUGUCCAGAAAUUGGGGAGGAAGAGACGUUUAUGCUUGCUGUUGGGAUACCCUGCCGGGUUUCAGAUAUGGGACGUAUCCGACACGGAUAACGUGCAGGAGGUGGCCUCGUUCCGAGGGAUCUAUCGCGAUGUGGGAUGGAUUCAGGCCGUGCCCGACCCUCUUACAAGGGAAUCUGCGCAGGAUAAGUUCAAAGCAAGUCGACCGCUUGUUGCUUUGAUUGCGGACGUGGACAGUCAAAACAGCCCUCGAUCGAAAGCUGCACCUAUUGCGGUGCAAUCAACCAGAGUGCUGCAGCUCUUUUCUAUGAGCGGAUUACAACCUGUGAAGACAUUGGACUUUGGAUCUAGCGUUCCUCUCGAGGCGAGAUGCACCGCGCGAGCAUUGGCAGUGGUUCUCAACUCCAACACCAUCCAAGUUUUCAGUUCGCUGACCUUGCAAAAGCUUGCCACUUUCGGAGACGUAGCCUCGACUCCACUCCAUGAUGGCGCUGUCUUCGAUCUGGGCUUGCGUUAUAUUAUUUACGCGACGUCAACGCUACCGCCGACCAAAACGACAGCUACUCUCCGAGGAGGUGAUCAACUUGAUAGCGACGAGUCCGAUGAGUUGAAGGAGAUGGGUGUGGCACGAAAGGUGGCGGGAAAGGUGGCCAAGGAGCUGGUGAUAGGAGCCAAAGUUUUGGGAGAAUACGGAUAUCAAGCUCUCAACAGCUACUUAGCGCCAAAGCCCGGUGCGAAGGCUGCUGACGGGGAUGGUGAUCCCAGACGCUCAAUGGAAGGAGAGAGGCAGCCACGCCCAAGGGACAAAAUGGCCGCCUCUAGCGCCUCUAGUGGCCGUGGAGAGCAAAGCCGGCUUGCCGGGGCAACAGGAGUGGUCAUCGUUCAUCGGAUUCCCAGUUCCGCGAGUGGGGUGUCAGACUCCUCUCCAACCAACUUCGAGCCUAUGCAAGCCAUAGCUCAUUGGAAACCACACUCGAAUCCUGUCUCAGUUAUCCACUUCAAUCCCAAUCAAAGUCUCGUGCUGACUGCCUCCACACAAGCCAAUGCAUUUUACCUGUGGGAAGUGCCUUCAAAUAGCGCCAAGGGCAUUCCCAAGACAAGUGCCCGGUGCAUUUACAAGUUGGAAAGAGGAUACACUAUGGCAACUAUUGAGGACAUCGCCUUCUCGUUAGACUCGCGGUGGAUCGGUGUCACCACAGCUCGAGGCACUACGCACGUCUACCAUAUUGAGCCGCUGGAGCGCGGCAAGCGAAAGCCAGGCGGUGUUAUGGGAGGUCCGCCGUCGGCUGAUGAGAGGUUGAACCUCAUCAAUGGCGUAUUAGAAACAGGAGGGGCCAUGCCAUCCCACCCGGAGACGGAGGUGCAGCAUGGCAGCGGCGUGCCGAGCUUGUAUCCCGUAGCGAGAAUCAAACGGCAGGUUGCGGCAGAAACCGGACGCAGGCAGAGUGAUGCAUCUUCAUCAAUCGGAUCUCCGACAGACACAGGCAGCCAUUUGACGUUGCCUCACGCGAAUGGCCAUCCACACGGUCUACUUCUCGCCGCCUUUUUGCCCGAAGAUAGGUGCACACCGGAGGACCGUGCUGGUCGCUCUCGCAGAAGUAGCAAUAGCCGUCUCCCAAGUGCAGACCGUAACGGUUCAUCUGGAUCUGGUAGCUGGGGCGCACUACGGAACUCCUACGACGCAAGCGGCUUCCCGAAGUCGUGCACAAUCUCACAAGUUAGUCGCCAAGGCCUUUUGACAUUCCAGUCCGCAGGCCAAGGUAUUCUGAUGAUCCAUCACAUGGAUGUGAUACUUGAAACAUUUACUGGACCGCAACAUACUACAAAUACGUUGUCUCCGUCGCCUGGUAGUCACGGAAGUGGGCAGAAGAGCUUCCUCGGGAAUCUCAGUUCUAGCCCUUUGGAACGAUUCUCUCCUUCAGGUUUCCUCUCGAGCGCAUUUCCUGGAUUGACAUUGGGCACCGCGGCGAGUAAGAAGUCUCAUUUGCGGGUCAAGGUAUCGGAUGUGCUGGAAUGGGCGGUCAAUCGGGAAACCGACUGGGCAGAAGUCAAGUAUCCGAUUCAGCCCCGGACCGUGCAUCCAAAUCGGCCAUCCUCAGGAACAAAACCCGCCUCAAGCAAAGGAGGAAAAGCUGAAGCAUCGGAAAAGAAGUGGCUUUCGAAAAUCGAGAUCCGCACUUUCCAUCCGUCGUUACGACCGCCUGUUUGGACGGGGCCACAGUUCGUAUUCCAAGUCUAUGACACAACUGCCCGCGCCAGUGUUGCAACAGCGCCACAUGGGCCCAAACCGGAUUUGAGCGACCUCCCUUCUGCUGUUGAACUCAAGAUUAGGCGGGAGGCCCCCAAACCAUAUGGAGAGGAACGCUCUCGCCCAAGCGGCCACUUCCCUGUGCUCGAUCGUGGAGACGGUAUUCAAGACGACAUCACUGCCGCUAUUGGCUCCAAUAUCGAGUUCACGCCUUAUAAGUUGGAUUCUCUCCAUGCCUAUCAUGACUCUUUGUCCUUCGAAGAUGCCGACCUCAUCCAACUACCUCAUGAACCCCCGUUCGCGCAACUCCACGCAUCGACCCAUAGCCAUCACACAAACUCCAGCCAUCGAACAGCAACUCCCGUCAGCGGCGAGGAUGUAUUUGUUGAAGCACCCGGGCCGAACGGCCUUCAUGAAACGGGUGAAAACCCAUCGCAUAAGUUUGUGCUGCAAUGCACCCCCCCGGCCACGGCCUCACCGAUCCCGAACCUGCCUCGAAAUCCACGGCACACAUCGACUGCAGCAGACAGCACGCCGUCCGGCUCACCAUCGUCUUUGGCCGGGUCUAUGUCUUCUUGGAGGGGUUGAUCCUUCAGUGUUCCCUGCGUACGGUUCUUCGUUGGCAUGGCCCAACCGUGUUUGUAGCCAAAAAGCGUGCCAGCGCAAAAUGCUGAUAUGGCCCCUGUUCCCAGCGGAAUUAUGGAAAGCCAAAACAAAAAUUGUACAUAUAAGUGUUGAUUUUUGGAAAGAAUACAUGAAUGUGGUUUUGUUUGCAACUGGCA